CGCCGCUAUUUGCGGCCUUGGCUGUCAGUCACUGGGUCCCAGCCGGUGAUCUCUCGCCGGCACCCGGUGAUUGCCGAGUGUUACCGACGGGGGAAGAGAACUGUAUGUAAACAGUACACUUCUCUCCUCUGUCAGAACCAGCACACUGCUUUGUAUGGCUCUGCAUAGCAGAGCCAUACAAACCAGCACAGCUUACUGUGAAACAGCACACAGCACACAGUUAACCCAUUGAUCGCCCACAUGUUAACCCCUUCCUGCCAGUGCCAUUAGUACAGUGUCCGUGCUUUUUAUUAGCACUGAUCACUGUAUUGGUGUCACUGGGGAUGUCAGUGACACCAAUUCAGUUCCCCCCCAGUGUCAUAAUGCCCACCACAAUCCCGCUAUAAGUCUCUG